AUCCAAUAAUUCAUUAUCUUUUUCAUUCCAACAUGAAGACUUCACUUUCCUCUGUUUUUCUCUUCCUAACAAUCUUCACUUCCCUUCAAUUUUCUUCCAUUCUCUCUCGCAAGUUAACACAAUCACCUUAUUCCACUUCCAUCUUCGAUGUCUUGGCCUCCACAAACCAAGCCCUAAAUGCCCUCUCCAUUAAACCUAAACAUCUUCAAACUCACUCUCACCUUCCAAAUUCCUCUUUAUCUCUGCCAUUGUACCCUAGAUUGUCCCUUCAUAACCCUUCUUACAAGGACUACGAUAGUCUUGUUAGGGCUCGACUCGCUCGUGAUGCCGCUCGAGUUCAAUUCCUUAACCGAAAUCUUGAGCAUUCUUUAAAUGGGGGUAAGGAUUUUGGUGAAGUUACUAAUGGGUCUCUAAUUGGAGAUUCAAUUACUGCUCCAGUUGUUUCAGGGCAAAGUAAAGGGAGUGGUGCGGAGUAUUUAGCUCAGGUUGGCGUUGGUCAGCCUGUGAAGUUGUUUUAUUUGGUGCCUGAUACUGGCAGUGAUGUCACGUGGCUUCAAUGUCAGCCUUGUGCUACUGAGAACGCUUGUUAUAAACAAAUUGACCCGAUUUUCGACCCGAAAUCAUCGUCUUCUUACACUCCUUUGUCUUGCAAUUCUCAACAAUGUGGGUUGCUAGAUAGACCUAAUUGCAAUUCCGGCACAUGUAUAUACCAAGUCCACUAUGGUGAUGGAUCAUUCACAACUGGUGAACUUGCCACCGAAACACUAUCCUUCGGAAAUUCAAAUUCUAUCCCUAAUCUCCCAAUUGGUUGUGGCCAUGACAAUGAAGGCUUGUUCGCUGGAGGUGCUGGUUUAAUAGGUCUCGGUGGUGGUGCCAUUUCCCUUUCUUCCCAAUUAAAAGCAUCAUCAUUUUCAUAUUGCCUUGUCAACAUGGAUUCAGACUCAUCCUCCACUCUUGAGUUCAACUCAAACAUGCCCAGUGACUCACUAACCUCUCCACUUGUGAAAAACGAUCGAUUUCACUCAUAUAGGUACGUCAAAGUCAUUGGAAUAAGUGUUGGGGGGAAAACUCUACCAAUUUCGUCAACGAGAUUUGAAAUUGAUGAAUCAGGAUUGGGAGGAAUAAUCGUUGAUUCUGGUACAAUUAUUUCUCGACUACCGAGUGAUGUGUAUGAAUCAUUAAGAGAAGCAUUUGUGAAGUUGACGAGUAGCCUCUCACCGGCACCAGGAGGAACCUCGCUACGACUACCUGCAAGAAAUUACUUAAUUCGAGUGGACACAGCAGGAACUUAUUGUUUGGCAUUUAUUAAAACGAAAUCUUCACUUUCUAUAAUUGGGAGCUUCCAACAACAAGGAAUACGUGUCAGCUAUGACUUGACAAACUCUCUCGUCGGAUUCUCAACUAAUAAAUGUUAGUACCAUAAACUUAAAACUAAUGUACAACGUCGGAUUAGAAUUUGGCUUAAUUACAGUAUUAUAAGCCAAUAAAAUAUUGUUGUUUAUCAUACACAUGGGCUUUGCCUAUGAAAGUCUUAAUUUAAUAUUGUGUUGAACUAAGCAAAAAUAUGUCAAAGUAUUUUCUUCCUA